AUGCUUUUUUUUCUCUCGUCUUCGGAGCCCGAAUGCGAUCAAUCCAAGGAUGAAAAGAUAUGGCACGCUCCUGCUGAUCCCGCUACUGGUCAGCGUGAUCAGCGUGAUCAUUGCGGCUAUACGAAUUCUGGAGCCAAACAGCCGCUUGCAAGGAGUAAUCCUAUUGCGCAAUCUGCCUCAUCGGAGAAGGCCCAGUCUGUGCAGCAAAUUGAUGAACAGGAGAGAUCAAAGGCUGAAUGUGAGGGGGGCAACAAUAUCACCAAGAUUCCGCGAUUGGCGAUGGAACAAACACAGGACUAA